GCCGAAUCUCCACGUAGUUUUCACUGGAACCUUUUCCAAGUAGGCGAGCGUCAAAUAUGUUACAGCCAAUAUAAAAAGCCCAAGAUGAACAACUUCUUCUUGCUUUCUUUCUCGGCCCAGAGUACACAGUCUCGUCAACAACCACUUCUGACUCUACCUGUCUACCAUCGACAAUCCUUUGGACACUACACCCUCUGUCGGUACCAUCACCUCCAACUGCAAACAAGAUGUCCGGAUACGGUGGAAGAAACCCGAUCAGAUGGGCCAAGACCUCUGCGAAGAAGCUUGUGGUUGACUGUCACCCUGCCACUUCUGGAAAGCGAGAGGCCGAGUUGACCGCCGUCUUCAACGACUUGGCCAAGAAGUACCAGAAGGGCACUCAUAGAGACUCUGGUGCCUCUGCUGAACAGUUCCAUGAUCACUUUGUCAAGUCACUCCGUGACAUGUCCAAGAAUCUGCUGCCCACUGCUGGCCAAGGCGCCAACAACGCUGCCAACGCCGUCAAUACCGUCAACGUCGCCAACGCCAACAGCACUGCCUUAGUCCCUGCCAACGACGCCACCAUGGUCCCUGCCAACAACAUCACCAUGGCCCCUGUUCCUGUCCCUGCCCCUUUCAACAGCACCGCCUUGGUCCCUGCCAACACCACCAACAUGAACCCCGUCGCCAUCAACAACAUGAACAACAUGAACAACACGAACAAGCGCCCUGCCGACAACAGCCAAGACAGCGCCAACAAGCGCUCCAAGACCGAGACCGAGGACGCCCCCGGAACCACGACCACCUUCAACAUCGACACCAACGGCCCUUCCACUACCCGCUUUCACACUGUCGGUUAUAUGGCCGAGUUCAUGUUAGUCGGUUCGGGUUCCGUUCAGGUCCAUUCUACCGGUGUUUCCGCUUUCGUUCAGCCUGCCCCUGCCGCUCUCGCCGCUCGUGCUCCCGCUCGUGCUCCCGCUCGUGCUAUCGCUGCUGCGAAUGGCACUGGUGCCGGUGGUAGUACCAAGGGCAAGGGUAAGGGUAAGGGCGAGGGCGAGGGUGAUGAUAGUCCUAGUAAGAGGCCUGUUCCGUUGGAUAUGUACCUUUAGGGGACAUUACCUAAUCGGUUUUUGCAGGCCAACUUUGGCAUUGGGACGUGCCUAACCUGAUGGUUGCAUUGGGAGGUAAUGAGGGAUUAUGGUACUGGCUGUGAUGUAGCAGAGUAAUCUGUUGCUUGUUCAAGGACUAGAAGAAGAAGUGUGGGAACUUGGAAAGGUUCUCACGAAGGGAUUAAGGAAGUUGUAAGGCAGAGCCGGGUAAAUUCGUACAUGAGUUGUAGCAGAAAAUCAUCAAAUUCUCAUGUAGCCACAUCUUUGUACUUCUGGUGAAUGUGUACCAACACUUGUGUGAACGCUGUAAUGAAGUGACCGGAUUACUACGUAGAGGACUUGACAAGAGGAGGAACCUAGGUACUUACCUUGGGCAGGUAAAAACGCCUUCGUUGGGGAUACAAGAUCCUGCUGAAUGGCAUCUUG